AGCCGGCGUUUGUUUUGGUGUAACUUAGCUAAGUGUUAAUUUCUGUUUUCCAUUAUUUUUAAAUCUCAAAAUGAAACGCCGCAGCCAAACAAAAGUGCAGGUGCCUACAGAAACAGGCAAGAAGCCCAAGGAAAAGGCCGGUACUCUUACUUUGGAUCAGUUCAGCUCCGAUGUUAUUUGGCAGCUAGCAUCAAGGUACUGGUUACCGGAAUCUAAGUCCGAGCAUUUGCCAUAUAAUGCUGACAUCAUAGAAAGCAUUUACACCGACGAAAUAACGAGCGGAAAGGGUAGCGCACGCCGCAUCAACAUGCUGGAAUUCAGCCAGUAUUUGGAGCAGUAUUUGUGGCCCAAUUACAAGCGCGAGACGGCCACACAUGCUCACCUGAUGUCCAUAGUGAUCAUGUCGAAUGAGAAAUUUCGGGAGCGCGUUGAGGUGUGGAAUGUGUUCGAGCAGUUGCCUAAGCAGUAUCCAGCAUUUUUUCGCCACCUGCUGGAAUCCUGUUUGCCGGAUCAAGCAACAAAGCAAAAUAGGAGCACACUGCGAGAACGGACAGCACUGCUUAUAUUUCUAAAUCACUGCUUCAACAGCAUGGAAGUUGAGCUGUGUCGCGAUCAGGCAAAGCGCCUGGUCUCUCUCUCCAUGUGGCACUGCCUGCAGCCGCGUCGCCGCGAGCAAGAACUGCGUGAGGUACCUGAAUGGCGCAAAUACUGGAAACGCCUGCAGAAAAAGGAAAAAGAUACUGAGAAGCCCGAUGUCACGUGGGAACGGCAUUUUAUGCAGAAUCUUAUCAUUGAUUUCCUGCACAUACUGGAGCGUAUUCCAUCUGAAGGUGAACUCAAUAGCAAUGUGGUGCACUAUUGCGAACGUUUUCUAGAGUUCAUAAUCGAUUUGGAGGCGCUGCUGCCCACGCGCCGGUUUUUCAAUACUGUCCUGGAUGAUUGCCACCUCAUUGUGCGUGCACUAAUGUGUCCGCUGGUGCAGCGCGAAGAGGGAAAACUGUUUGGGCAGCUAUUGGACAUGCUCAAGUUUUACACCCGUUUCGAAAUUAACGAUGUGACAGGUAACUCACUGACCGAUCAUGACAUGACCCAGCUGCAUUAUAAGAAGAUCACCUCGCUGCAGCGUGCUGUAUUCGCCAAGUUUUCAACGCUGCGCGUCUUUGCCUUGUCUAAUGUGGCGACAGUGGACAGUCGCGAUUCGCUAGAGAAACAUUUCGGUGCUUUAGAUUCUGAGGGACUAAAACAGAUUGCUUCGUUUCUUAAUCUUGUGCCUGAUGAGGCGGUGGAGCCAUUUCAAUGGCAUCGAUUGGACGAGCCGUUUCUGCGCGAGUUGCUCAUCACGCGUCAUGAGAAGCGAUGCUCGCAACUGGAGGCGCUCAACGAGAUGCCACUGUAUCCCACGGAGCAGAUCAUUUGGGAUGAGAAUGUGGUGCCAUCGGAAUAUUACACAGGCGAUACCUGUCUGGCCCUGCCCAAGCUAAAUUUACAAUUCCUCACGCUGCACGAUUAUCUGUUGCGCAACUUUAAUCUGUUCCGGCUGGAAUCCACGUAUGAGAUACGCCAGGACAUCGAGGACGCGGUCAGUCGCAUGCUACCCUGGCAGUCGGAAGACGGCGAUGUGGUCUUUGGUGGCUGGGCACGCAUGGCGUUACCCAUUGCCAGUUUUGCUGUUGUCGAGGUGGCAAAACCGCAUCUGGGCGAGAAGAAGCCUUCGCGAGUGCGCGCCGAUGUGGGCGUGACGCUGUCAGUGCGUCGCGAGAUCAAGGAGGAAUGGGAGAAUCUGCGUAAACACGACGUCUGCUUCCUAAUCACAGUCAAACCAACGCAGCCCUAUGGCACCAAGUACAAUACAAGGGAGUCCUUUAUACCCCAGGUGGGCCUGGUCAGUGUGCGCGGCUGCGAGGUGGAGGGGAUGCUCGACGCUAAUGGACGUGUCAUAGAGGACGGGCCAGAACCGCGACCGAAGCUUCCGGGUGAGCAGCGCAGCUAUCGCGUCUGGCUGGACUCAAAUCAGUAUCGCAUGGACAUGGACGACUUGCAGGAGGGCGCCGACGAUGUCUACGAGAGCUUCAACAUUCUGAUGCGCCGCAAGCCAAAGGAGAAUAAUUUUAAAGCCGUCCUAGAAACCAUUCGUCAUCUGAUGAACACGGAGUGUGUGGUGCCACCCUGGCUGCAUGAUAUAUUGCUCGGCUACGGUGAUCCGGCGGCGGCACACUACAGCAAUAUGCCCAACCAGGAACGCAGUCUCGAGUUCAACGACACUUUUCUGGACUACGAGCACCUACAAGUCAGCUUCCCCGAUUAUGAGCUCAAAUGCGAAGCGGCGGUAGGGAGCAGAGAGCCGCCUUACCGCCUUAUCUUUGAGGAUGUGGCCGAACAGCGUGAUUGCGACACGGAGGAGAUGCAAACGGAUCAGCCUGCCCCCACUAAAUCAAUUGUUGUGCAGCCCUAUAAAUACGAGGCGAGAGGGCCCUAUAUCAGCGACAAACCCAAACAGAAUUGCAUACGCUUUACGCCCACACAGAUCGAGGCAAUACGUGCUGGUAUGCAGCCGGGCCUUACUUUGGUCGUAGGUCCACCCGGCACGGGCAAAACUGAUGUCGCCGUGCAAAUUAUCUCGAAUAUCUACCAUAAUCAUCCCAAUCAGCGUACGUUAAUUGUAACGCAUUCGAAUCAGGCUCUGAAUCAGCUGUUCGAGAAGAUUAUGGCGCUGGAUAUUGAUGAGCGGCAUCUGUUGCGUCUGGGUCAUGGUGAGGAGGCGUUGGAAACUGAGAAGGACUACAGUCGCUAUGGCCGCGUCAAUUAUGUGCUAGCAAAGCGCAUGGACUUGCUUAGCCAAGUGCAGCGCCUGCAAGAGGCGUUGGGUGUGAGCGGGGACAACGCUUACACCUGCGAGACGGCGGGCUACUUCUAUCUAUACAAUGUGAUGGCGCGUUGGGAAAAGUUCCAAAGCCAGAUGGAUGCACACAACGCGGAAACGGAUAUGAACAAGCUGUGUACGGUGUUCGAGACUGAAUUUCCAUUUUCCAAAUUUUUUUCCGAUGCGCCACAACCGCUAUUUAAAGCAAACAGCUUUGAUGAACUUAUGAGCACAGCACAGUCGAACUUUCGCUAUAUUUCCGAAAUAUUUACGGAGCUUGAGGAGUUCCGCGCCUUUGAGCUGUUACGUACAGGACUAGAUCGCUCCAAGUAUUUGUUGGUCAAGGAGGCCAAGAUCAUUGCCAUGACUUGCACACACGCUGCGCUUAAACGCAAAGAACUUGUGAAUCUGGGCUUUCGUUAUGACAACAUCUUGAUGGAGGAAUCAGCGCAAAUCUUGGAGAUUGAAACAUUUAUACCGCUGCUGCUGCAGAACCCACUGGACGGCUUGAAUCGCUUAAAGCGCUGGAUCAUGAUUGGGGAUCAUCAUCAGCUACCGCCCGUCAUCAAAAACAUGGCCUUUCAGAAGUACUCAAACAUGGAGCAGAGUUUGUUCACGCGUCUGGUGCGUCUAGGGGUGCCAACCGUUGAUCUGGAUGGGCAGGGACGUGCCCGUUCCAGCAUAUGUUCACUGUAUAAGUGGCGAUAUAAAAAAUUGGCAGAUCUGCAGCACAUCUUUGAGCGGGACGAGUAUAAGAAGGCAAAUUCAGGUUUAGUUUAUGACUAUCAGCUGAUCAAUGUGGAGGAUUUCAAGGGCGUGGGCGAAAGCGAACCCAAUCCGUACUUCUAUCAGAAUCUUGCCGAGGCGGAGUAUAUUGUCGCUCUGUACAUGUACAUGCGUCUGAUGGGCUAUCCCGCUGCCAAGAUAUCCAUACUGACCACCUACAAUGGCCAAAAACAUCUUAUACGCGAUGUUAUUAACGCUCGCUGCGGCAAUAAUCCGCUUAUUGGCUGGCCGCAUAAAAUCACCACCGUGGACAAGUACCAGGGCCAGCAGAAUGAUUACAUCCUAAUCUCCCUGGUACGCACAAAGGCUGUUGGUCAUUUGCGCGAUGUGCGCCGUUUGGUCGUGGCUAUGAGUCGUGCACGUCUCGGGUUGUACAUCUUUGGACGCGUCUCGUUGUUCAAGAACUGCUUGGAAUUGCAGCAGACGUUCAAGUUGCUCAUGCAACGACCGUUGAAGCUACGCCUGGUGCCAUCAGAUGCAUAUCCGACCGAACGGCUGACCAGCGAGCCGGUUGUAGAUAAUAUAAGUAAAUCCGUGGAAAACAUGUCCGAGAUGGCGCAGUUUGUCUAUGAGCUCUACAUGACCAAAAUAGACCAGCUUAAGGAUAAGCUGCCUACUGAGGAAGAGUUGCGAGCUAUGCGCAGGCAGUUGCCAAAUGAAGAUACGGAUGAAUUUGCUGAGGAGACAGCUGGGAAUGCAACCGAGCUUAACGAUGAGCCACCACAGAAGAAGGCAGCGAAAGAAAAAACAAAAAAGACUCCUGAAGCUUUUAAGCCCUCGCCCAUACUUAAUGAGAUCAACGUGGAUGAGCAAGAAAUAGAGCGGCAGCAGGAACAGCAGGCCCCAGAUGCUGAAACCCCGGCACAGAAGGAAACUGAUGAAAGCACUAAGGUUGAAGAGUCGUAGCUGCUGCUCAGUAAAUUUAAUUCCAAUAAUUUUUAACAAUUCAUUAAAAUCGAUAAAUACAAACAACGA